GUUUUAAAAAAGGGAAAAAAUUGUAAUUAUAACAUAAAUGGGAGAUGGGAGGCGGUUUUCAGUCUGAAACAAACCAAGCUCGCAAAUACGCACAGAGAAGCAAAAACCAGGCCACGCAGAUUAGCUAGCGGAGGGACUCACUGUUGAGCAGAAGAGGAGUAAGUGAUUUCAAGAGUCGAGUGAUUUUUUCUCUUUCUGAGAGUAAGUGAUGGAGUCGAACGAUUCAUCAUACGUGUCUUCACCGGAGGCUCCAAGGAGGAGAUCUCCACCACCACCGAAAUCACCGACUUCAGAUUCUGCUGAGAAGCAAACAUAUAUUAGGUUUCUUGUUUCAAAUGCUGCAGCUGGUUCUGUCAUUGGAAAAGGUGGCUCAACGAUAAAUGAUUUUCAGUCGCAAUCUGGAGCCCGAAUCCAGCUGUCACGCAAUCAAGAAUUUUUUCCAGGAACCACUGAUCGGAUAAUUAUGAUAUCUGGAAUAUUUGAUGAUGUGCUAAAAGCUAUGGAACUUGUUCUUGGAAAAUUGUUGAGUGAGCUUCGCAGCGAAGAAGGCAGUGAUGCUGAACCAAGAACAAGAGUGAAAAUAAUUGUUCCAAAUAGUUCUUGUGGUGGCAUAAUUGGGAAAGGAGGGUCGACAAUAAAGUCAUUUAUUGAAGACUCUCAAGCUGGGAUUAAGAUAUCUCCUCAAGACAAUAACUUUUAUGGAUUCAGUGACAGGCUUGUGACACUUACAGGCACUCUAGAUGAGCAAAUGCGUGCUAUUGAAUUGAUUUUAUCUAAGCUAUCUGAAGAUUCUCACUACGUCCAAAGUAUAAAUGCCCCUUUUGCAUAUCCAGUGGCCCAUCACAAUUCAAUGGGUUAUGGACCAAGUGCUGCUGUAGGGAAGUUUCAGAAUAAUAAGGAGGAUCACUUUGACUCCAUGACAAUUGGUGUCUCUGACAGUCACAUUGGGUUGGUUGUUGGUCGGGGUGGGAGGAAUAUCAUGGAAAUCAGCCAGGUUAGUGGAGCCAAGAUAAAAGUAUCGGACAGAGGUGAUUUCAUGACUGGAACGACUGACAGGAAAGUCACAAUCACCGGACCUCCUAGAGCAAUCCACACAGCUGAGUCCAUGAUUAUGCAGAAAGUGGCCUAUGCUGCGGAAAAGGCAAUGGAUUAGAUUUCCAAUACUCUGAUCCAUCGUUAACGAGAAUUCUUUCUUAAAAUGCUUGCUAUUUCCUAAUUAUUUGGCAAUCUUAGCAACCCAUCCAUCCACAUACCUUCUCCUUAUGAGUUACUUUGAAUGCAAAAGCUGUGAUUGAGAACAAGAACGGGAGACGAAAUAGACACACAGGCAGAGUUCUUUACAAGAAAUUGUCGGGGAACACAGACUCUCUUGGGAUUACAAAAAACAGAGAAGAAAUGUUGUUGGAUUAGGACAGCUUUAACUUGACCAAAUAUAGAAUUAGCAUAAUUUAUUUUUUCUCACAGUUUGUACUUUGUGGUGCCGAAUUAGCUAGUGUUGUGUCUUACGUUUUGGUAGGAUGCUAUGCUUGAGGAUUUUGCUGUUGGAACUUUCUUUUGUUUUUGCUUGGUUAUGUGCUUCAUUCACACAUUUGUUCUAUGAUAUUCUUUAAAUCUUCUCACCA